AUCGCUACUCGAUCACAUCCCUUAUCCUGUUUUAUCCUUUCACUCGCUACUCGGACAACGCUCUUAACUUCAAUGUAAGCAGUCACUUCCGAGACAAGCUAUAGCCAUGAACAAAGUGUUCAGCAAAGCCGAUGGUAUGCUCGCGGAAGCAGCGAAAAAGUUCACCAGCGUUUCGGUGAACCGUGGCAAGACCGCCUUUCCAAAGGCACCAAAAGAUCUCGAGAAUUUAGGUAUCCGUUGGGAUUUUGAUGGGGAGGUGACCCAGGGUGAACAAGUCUACAACAAGUUCCAGAUUCAGCCAAAUGCUGGAAAGGUCCCAUCAUCAAUCAAAGAUUGGCGCGAAAAGAAUGGCGGAACGCAUGCUGUGAUGGGCACCAUGUAUGUGAAGAAAGGUGGCAGCAAAGGCGAUGUGCAGGAAGCCUUCGAAAAAUUCAAGAAAGAGUUCAAGGAUUAGUGCUCUCCACUAUGGUACGAUCCCCGACAAUGAUUGAAUUCAGCUAAUAACCACGAGGGCAGAUCAACACUUUCGUAGAUUCCGACCGGGCAUAUAUCAAUUGCUGGAAGCGUAGGGU